GGGAGGAUGAGGGAGAGAGGUGGUAUCAGGGGAAGCGGCAGAGAGGAAGAGGCAAUAACCCCCAAGACUAGACGCUGAUCGUCUGGUAACCAGGAAAAGGCAAAUAUAAACAAAGAGAGGUGAAUGACAGGGCUUGGUGUGUUGGGUCAGGAAAUACUGUCAGGUUGCUGCGGCACAGCCGCCGGUCAAAGUGGUAACUGGGGAUCUGAUCUGAGCUCGGCGGUGACGCGCGGCCCUCACGUGACCAGGAGCCUAUGUCUGCCCAAGUCCCUCUCGUCUUAGUCCUUUUUGCCUGUCCAGACACCGUCUGCCAAUUGCCCUUUGGUCGAGGGGAAAAGCAAAAGGAAGUCUGCCGGUCGCAGCGGGGCACCUCGAGAGGACGUCUGGGAACAAGCCGCCAGGAGAAGUCCAGACCAUUCUCGACAUGGAAAAAUCCUGCCAAGAGAAUGAAGAACAGCCACAGAGCGCGCCCAAGGCAGAUGAGGAGCGGCCUCCUGUGGAGCACUCUCCUGAAACGCACUCUCCGGAGGAGCCGUCUUCGGAGGAGCAGUCCUCGGAGGAGGAGUAUUUUCCCGAGGAACUCCUUCCUGAGCUCCUUCCUGAGAUGCUCGUGUCCGAGGAGCGCCCUCCGCAGGAGCGCCUUUCUAGGAAGGACCUUUUUGAGGAGCGCCCUCCCAUGGAGCAGCCUCCUUGUGGAGUGGGAAAACAUAAGCUAGAAGAAGGAAGCUUUAAGGAAAGGCUGGCUCGCUCUCGCCCCCAAUUUAGAGGGGACAUACAUGGCAGAAAUUUAAGCAACGAGGAGAUGAUACAGGUAGCAGAGGAGAUGGAAGAGAUGAAAAGAGUACGCAACAAAUUGAUGAUCAUGCAUUGGAAGGCAAGACGGAACCGUCCUUAUCCCAUUUAAUGUGUUCGGCCUCUAGUUCUGUUUUACCGGAUAUAAGUAUUGCCACCUGAACUUUGUUUGCAUUUUUCUCAUGUACCUUUCCACAUCUUCUUAAUUUUAACUUUUUGUGUGGCUUUAUUUUAGGUGUUUCGCUUGUAACUGGCAUAAAAUUGCCACCCCCCCCCACCCCGCACAAUGUGCAAAUCCCCCUCUUUCAGCCCUGGGUCUCACCCAUUUGCAUGGAAAGAUGUACAUUAUAUAUUGUGAAGUGAAAAAAGCAGUCUUCAAGAAGUAUAUGUAGUAUCCCAUUUUUGUAAAAAAAUGUAUAUUUAUAUAUUAAUAUGCAGAGAAAAAACUGAAAGUAUAUACUUCAAAGGCUUAACAGUGGCUGUGUGGUAAGAUAAUAGGUGAAUUUUUUGAUUUUUCGUUUUUGCUUUAUUGGAAUUUCUCAUUUUUUUCAACACGAACACAUUUUGUGUUGCAAAAAAAUAUAUAAUGAAAAAUUGAAAGGCAACUUAAAAAACUGUCAUUCAGCUUAAAAAGACAAUGUGGCACUUAAUAAAUACCUGUCAGAACUUUAAAAAAGAGAAGUAAAUCCCAUGUUUCUUCUGAUUCUCUUAUACAGAAAUAUAAACUAGGUACUUUUAUUUGUUUAAGUGUCAUUCUUUUCCCACUUAAAUAGGAUUAAUCCUUGACUUACAAGGCUGCUGUGGAACCAAAUGAGGUAAAGAUUGUGUGAGCUGUGUGUUUUUGCCCCCACCUGCACGUGCAGGACCCCAGCCCCUGUAGAUUCCUUUCAAGUACAGGGUGUAGGACCCAAAGGAGGUCUCACUUGCGCUCACAAAUAAUUCCUGUGAGAUUCCAGGUGAGUACCACAUUCCAUUCCUGUCCUGCUAUUCUCUUCCCUUGAAUACUGUCAUGUCUACUGGGUCCAGCUGCCCCUUCUGGGUCCUGCUCCUGCCUCGGUCCGAAGUGCCGGGGUUCUCCAGGUGCAAAGCCGGGCCAAAGCUGAACUGUGUCUCCUACAAAUAUGUGGAGAAUGCCUCUCCUCCAGCUUUAAUGUUACACUUCUCCAAGUGGAUACCAUCACAGUGCCGCUUAAACCUCAAUAUCUUAAAGAAUUCUUAGCAAAAUACUCGUUCCCAUUUUUUUUUUUCCUGAACACUUCCCUUUUCUCCACUGGAAUCAACAUGAGUUCACUGGGACCUGGACUAGAAGAAAAUUUGUGAGUCAGACACAAUGCUGUGUACUCAGAAUUGGAACCUCCCUCCCAAAUAAUCUCCAAGGUUAACUAGGGUUUUAAUUGUCUAACACUUACCUUAGGGUGAGUUUCCUCCCAGGGGCCUCUGGCAGGCUUGCCUUACCAAUUCAGCUGACUUGCUCAACUUAUAUAAAUUAAAGAGGAAAGCAAGAUUCAGGCUCAAGCUAGAACAUUUCCCUUCUACCCAUCCCACAUCAACAAGAAACAUGCAAAAAUACUUUGUAAGUCAUUAAAGUACUUACAGUCAUUAAAGUAUAUGUAUAAUGUAUAUACAUAUAUAUGGGCGGUGUGUAUCAGAUAUUGCGAUUUCUCUGUUAAUUUAUUCUUAUAAAACCUAAGAUUUUGUUUUAUUGAUCCUGUUUAUUGAUUUUGUUUUAUUGAUCUUAUUAAUUCUAGAAACAUAGAUAGUGGUUAAUAAUGUUUUUAAAUUAUGACCCAAUCAUAAACCCUGAGUUUCUGUUUGAUUGGCUAUGAUAGCUUCAGUGUCUUCGCUUCUCUGAAAAGUAUGAUUUGCAAUUCCAAAAGAUCACAGUGCGGAGAGGGAUUGUUUCUCCAAAUUCAACAUUAAAAGUAUUCAAAUAUUUUA